UCAACCGGAUCGAUUACCACAGCCUCACAGAAAAUCGACGUGAAACAACGUUUAUGUCGUGUUUCGUCGUGUGCGUGAGGUUACUGGAGGCCUUUUCACUAUUUAUGUUACAAGUUUCAAGUAUUUUUUUUUUUUAAAAAAAAACGUUACCGUACGUUAGGAUUUUCUCCUGUGUCGUGAGUGCGUUUACAAACAUACAAAUUCACAUAUACAUCACACCCAGACCCGAAACAACAAUUUGUGGAUCACACGAAUAGUUGUUCUGUGUGAGAAUCGAACCCGGCAACACUGCAUGGCAGCCGGUUGCCCAGCCACCGCACCAACCGUGCAGUCAAUUUAAUACCCAAUCUCCACAAUCCCCUAAUCCCCAAUAAUCCUUAAAUUCCUAA